AUGGCCUCCGUCGAGCAGGAACGCGCCUGGGCCCUUUCCCUACCCCCCUCCGACACCGGGGAGGGGGAGCGGGGGGUGUUGUUCGACUUGCGUGCGGCCGCACGGGGGGCGGUUUCCGCCCUGCCGGGGGAGGAGGAGCCCGCACAAUCGACGGGCGGCGUGGAGGGGGGUGGGGGAGUAGUGGGCGCCGCGUACGCCCACGGCGCCAGCCUCUACCAGGCCUCGACGCUCCUGCACAUGGCAACCUUUCCAUUCCAGCGCGGCAUCAGCUGGCGGACGGAGUGCUUUCUGCGAGGCGAACGACAAAUCGACGCGGAGAGUGGGUGCGGGGUGAAGGCAGAUACGCCACACCUCUACACUCUAGUGUUGAGAAAAAAUGCCGCCGGGCGGCAGGCGAUAACGACGAGCGAGAGAGACUGCUGGUGGUGGGCUUGCUAUGAUGACCGGUGGCCGCGCUCGCCUGUGUGGUGGAAACGCGUGGAGGUGGGGCAUGAAGGGGAAUCAAGCGAGGGCGAAACAGGUUUAAAAAGAGAAGCCGGUGUCGAACCUACGCACGAGGCUGCCAAGGGAUCCGAAGAAUACGAUGAAAAAAAUCUUCAAGGGACCGUUCACAAGUCUGGAAAAGGAGUUAACUUUUCCCACGAGGCGCACCACUGCCUGGUGCAGGGAGCACCUUCAAGAGCGUUUAUUGAGUCUUUAGGGUCAAAUGGCUUUGCCUUUGCAACUUUAUCUCAUCACAAAGAGCACUACCACAAUGGUAAUGGGAAAAUAUGCGGUCGUGCACAUGCACUGUCUUCUUUACUUGAUCUUCACACAGUGCAAAAACAUUAUGAUGGACAAGAGUGGGCCUAUCAUCAUCCUUCCCUUAUACCGUAUGCAUCUAAUUUUAUGGGGGAUUCUUUCUCAUCCACAUGUGAUACAAUGAAGUCAAGGGUGGAGGGAGGCGUUUUGAAGUCGAUGAUUUAUUUUGAAGGUGUCUUGAACCUUUUAUACAGUUCUUAG